AUGACAGCGACAGAGCGACGAAUUCCAUCGCCAACUUACUUCAAACCAGCACCGAGUGAAAUUCAAUACGGCAAAAUGCGAUUUCUUAUCACUGAUCGUCCAUCUGAUUCUACUAUUCAAAAUUAUAUCGGAGAAUUGGAGAGGCAUAAUGCACGUGCUGUUGUGAGAGUUUGCGAACCAACAUAUGAAAUAAGCCCUCUGAUCUCGAGUGGAAUAGAUGUUCUUGAUUGGGAAUUUCUCGAUGGUAGUCCACCACCACAAGAAGUAUUGUUUUAUUGUAAUAGUUUUUUAUUGAAUAGUUGA